UAAUUUUAUUAAAAUCGCGUUCAAUAAAUAAAAAUAAACAAAAUGUCAACAGAUUGGGAUGAAGUUAAACGAUUGGCAGCCGAUUUCCAAAAGGCUCAGCUAACGUCGACGCUGCAAAAAUUAUCCGAACACAAUUGUGUUGAAAUUGUAACCUUGUUGCUGGAAAAGAAAUUAAUUGAAGUGGUAUUUACAAAUGACGGUAAAGAGUAUAUUACACCCGAGCAUUUGGAACGUGAGGUACAGGAUGAGCUGUAUGCCAAUGGUGGUCGUGUAAAUUUGGUGGAAGUUAGCAAAAAUUUAAAUGUGGAUUUGAGUAGGAUUGAGGAGGUGGCCAAGAAGAUUGCCUUGGAAAAUCCAAGUAUACAUCACAUAUUGGGCCAAUUGAUAGACGAGGAUUACAUCACCUAUAUUGCACAGGAAAUUAAUGAAAAAUUGGCCCAAAAAGGUGAAAUAUCUGUCAAUGAUUUGACAGAACAAUUUGAUCUCCCCUCAGAUUUCUUGCAAAGAGAUGUUUUGGAAAAACAUUUGGGUAAAAUAAUCAAGGGACGACAAGAUCCCUCAAAUCCUCGUGUAUUCUUUACCCAAGCCUAUCUGCAAAGAUGUAAAGCCAAAAUACGUGGCGCCUUGGCUGCCUUGACCAGACCCACAAAUGUAUCGGUUAUAUUGCAGCAAAUUAAUAUACAACAAAAGAUAUUCCAUACUCUUGUGGAUGAAAUAAACCCCGCAGGCCAUGUUACAUCGAAAUUGGCUAAUGCUCAAUAUGUUCCCAAUGUUUAUGCUAAAAUGCAGUCGGAUUGGGUUAAUAAUUUCUAUCGUCAAAAUGGUUUCUUGGAAUAUGAUGCCAUCAACAAGCUGGGCAUCACAAAUGCCAAACAAUUUAUUACAAAACAAUUUCCCGAUGAGGAAUUGGUAUAUUUGAAACGUUGCGCUGUCAGUUCGAAGCUGAUUGAAUUGACUGUUAUGCCUGCCCUUUCGGCUGCUAAACAAUUUGUUGAUUUAUCCACAUUGUUGCCUUCCAAUAUGACAUCUUCGGAUAGGGAAGAGCUCUUCGAGGCCAUUAUGGCUAAAAAUAGUUCGGCGUUACCUAAUUUUGUGCUGAUUGGUGCCAAUUCGGGAUCAUCAGUUGUAUUUACCCCACAAUAUUUGGAAGAAUUAACACAGCCAUGUCGUGAAUUGGCCUGCACCAAGGCCAAGACUUCGGUGGACAAUGGCAGUUAUCAGCAAUAUAUUGCGACCAAGGCAUUGGCUGCAAAAUCUGCCCAACGUCGUGGUGGUGAUGAUGAUGACGAUGAUAAAUUGGAUAAACGUGAUGAACGACGUAAAAAGGCCGCUUCUGGUAAGGCUGGUGGUGGUUCCCAGGGCCGUGAAACUAAAACAAAAUCUACCAAGAAACACCCACGUGGCGGUAAGAAGGGUGGUAAAAAUGAUUUCGACAGUGAUGAUGAUGAAGAUGUUGGCACCAAUACCCGAGGUAGUGGUGGUAACAGUGGUGCCAAAAAACAAUUGGAAUUGGUCACCAUUAAUGACAUUGUCAAAAUCUUGGAAAAGGAAACUUCGUCACUGGGCAUUGAUGAUUUGAAUGAGGAUAUUGCCAGCCUGUAUCAUGAACAACUUAACCAAUUGGCCUUAACAAAGGCCCAGGAAUUAUAUGAAAUCACCCUGCAAAAAAGUGCGGCUGGUAGUGGACAAACUCACGCAGGUGUGCAAGAGAAAAUCAAUACUUUAUUGGUUGAUCUCAGACUAUAUGAAAAGGGUCUCAAGCUCUUCCCCGCCCAAGCCCAACAAGAUUUAAUGAAAUAUUUACUCAAAUCCUUGGGCAAUGAUAUCAGCAAUGAACUGAUACUCUACAUUGCCAACGAAUGUCAAAUUGAGGUGAAAAAUCCAAAUUUGAAUGUGGAUCAACGUAACAAAUUGGCCCAAGAGUGUGGUGGUGAUUAUAAAACUGUCCUUUUGGAACUCAAUAAAGCCAUAAAUAAAACAAUUGAUGAAUUUGUUUUGGCCACUGAAAAUGUUUUGAAAAUCUGCAGUAUGAUUGUCAAGAAGGUGGAUAAGAAAAAAGAUCGUCAAUUAAUAAUACAACAUCGUGAAAAGCUAUUGGAACAAUUGCAACAAUGUUCUGAACCUGCAUUGAUAUUGCAUUUAACUUCGUUGAUUUUGUUUACCACCAUUACCGGUUGUAUUCUGCAUGCCAGCGGUAAAUUUGUAUCACAAAUUUUGGCAUUUAUUAAUCCCUCAAUGGCUGAUGAGCAAAAUAAAUUGCUAACCAAAUAUCAUGAUUUGGUUAUUAGCGUUUUACGUCUAUCAGCCGAUUCAGAAGAAUAUGCCACGGCAAAUAAUGAAUUGUCUGAAUUGGAACCCCAAAUUAAACAAUUGGCUGCCACAUUUGAAAAGCCGGGUCUAUCGAAGUCAGAAUAAAUUGUGGU